AAAUUCUUUGAUAAGCGACAUUCGUUCGCAAUCGUGUUGCUCCCAUUGAUUUCUAAGGUAGUUAGUUGGCUUUUAUUUUUUCAAAGGACCUAAGAUCAUCAAGAUGUUAGUAUCAAAUGCAGCGGAGUGCUGAUAUGAUGUUACAACUGUUAUCAGAUAAGUCAAUAAUAUAAAAUUUAUUAUAUUUAUCAUUCUGUGUUUGGUGUAUCAGUGUCCGGUUGACGGUUAUUGUUUCUUCAUUAUUAUUAUUAUGAAUUUAUAUUUUACAGUUCACUGUUGUUCAUUUUAAAUUAUACCUAUUUAAAAUCUUUAUUGAUCCUAUUUCUUUCUUAACAUGGGUAUUCCAGGUCUGACAUCGUUUAUAAAUCGUAAUUCAACGCAAUAUUUUGAAAAUGUACAACUCAAAGACACUUUGAUUAUAAUAGAUGGUUAUGCUUUAACAAAUUUUCUAUAUAGAUCAUAUGAAAAUCAAACUAGUGCUUUUGGCGGAGAUUAUGACAUUAUAGCAAAGGUAUAUAUAGAUUUUAUUAACUUGUUAACAAGAUGCAAUGUAAUACCAAUUUUUGUGUUUGAUGGUGCAUACGAACAACGUAAAAUGGAAACAAUCAUGAGUCGAAUGAGCCAAAGAAUAAAAUCAUACAGCCAACCUAUUAAGUCUGCUGAAUGCAUGCCUAUGUUUGGUAGUGAUGUCAUAUUUGAUAUUCUUAAUGAUAUGGAUAUACCACAUGUUAAUUGUGAUUUUGAAGCUGAUGCAGAGAUUGUUGCAUUGGCCAAAUUAUUAAAUUGUCCUGUUAUAAGCCGGGACUCUGAUUUUUAUAUAAAUACAGUACCAUAUAUACCAUUGGACAAGAUUAUCCUUGAUUUAGAUCCUAAUGUAAAAGUGAUAAAUUGUCAAGUAUAUAGAGUUGAAAAAUUACUGAAUGAGUUUGGCGGAUUAAAUAUUGACUAUUUACCUUUAGUGGCUGCAUUAUUAGGUAAUGAUUACAUAAGGCAAGACACAUUUUGUUCACUUUUACGAUUAAACCAAGGAUGUUUCAACUGUGGAUUAAAACUUAAACGAAUCACAGAAUGGCUUAGAAAACAACAGAAUAUAAGAUCAGCUAUAGUAAAUAUGACUUAUAACUUAUCUCGUAAUAGAGAUUACAUUGAAAAUCAAAUAAAUAACAUUAUAAAAGACUAUAAAAAUAAAAAUAGCAAGUAUCUAUCAUUUAUUCUUCAAUACAAAAAAAUGAGCACAUAUCAAGAUCAAUUAAGACAUUUAACAUCAAAUGAAAAAAGUAUACUACCUCCUUGGUUAGAAUACAAUUAUCGUAAGGGUACUAUAAAUGCUGAAGUUAUGACAAUUAUAACAUUAAAAAAAGUAUUUUUUAAAGUACAAAUUGAAGAUUAUGAAAAAUAUCCUUAUUAUGAAAUAUCCUUUAAAAUUGUUGAAAAAAUAAUUGGGUUAUUAUUUGGAAAAGGUGAUUCAAUUCCCAGUUUAGGAAGAAAAAAUGGACUUAAUAUAGGUCAAUUCAAAAUAAAACGAUAUAUAACUAACCCUUAUGUACCAUUAGCUGAUUUAAAUAAGAGUGAAUUGAAAUACCGCAAAAAUAUAAUUUUAAAUUUAGUUGGUAUAAAAGUAAUUGAUGGUGUUCCAAAAGAAUGGGAAUUAUUUUUCUUGAUUUUAAUUUAUUGGGCAGUACAUAGCAAUAAUAUUAAAUCCAAACUCAUGCAUGCUUUAAUCGUAUGUGCAAUAACAUUAAAUGUCAUCAAAAAAAUUGAAAUUGAUCCAAAAAAUAAAAAAACUGAAGAUAUUACUGACAAUAGUGUUAUAAGUGAAAAUAUCGCUAAAGUAAAUAAAGAAGAUUGUAUUAAAGCUAUGAGUGUGUUAUCAAAUUAUUUUCAAAUUGGUCAAUAUAGUAACAAAUAUUUAUAUUAUAAAAUUAUUCAUCCAUUUGCACAAUUUCAAAGUUGUGUUUAUUUUUUUAUGAUACUCAACUCAUUACUGGAUUUCCCAUUUGAUCAGUGUCGAAUUGAAAAUUUUUAUAAAGGAUCAUUUUUGUAUAAUUUAUGUGUACAAAUGGAAAAUUCUGAACCAGAAAUAUUUGUAUCACAUAAAUUAUUUGAAAAAACAGAUUCAUUAAAUAAUGUUUAUAAAUCAAUAAUUAAUCUUAUGAACGAACUAUUGCCGGUUCCAAAAAAAAGAUCUGGAACACACAGUAGUACUAGUAAUUGUUCAAAACCAAAAGGCAAAACAGAGAAAAAACUAAAAUAAACAAUAAAUUAUUUUAUAACUAUAAAUUAAAUAAUAGU